CCUUACUUUACCAUAAUGAAUUUUGGUCGGCCCAAAUUAUUUGCCCCAAUACGAUAAAAGAACCGGCUAUUUACCAGUCAAUUGACUCAAUUCAAACAAACAGAGUGGCGUUGUUCAGUCAAAAUUACCAGGAGAGCUACAUAUCUGCAAAUUCCAGGAGAUGCAAAUAUGAGUUCUGUACAGAACCAAAAGUCAAGCAUCGACCAUUCCCUGUCAUUUGAAGAUGUAUCCAAGCUAUUCUCCCUUCCCCUCUCUGAGGCAGCCGACAUUCUUGGUGCCUCUACGAGUGUUCUAAAGAAAAUAUGCAACGAGAACGGUCUUGAACGGUGGCCCCACCGCAAAUAUCUCGUUGGAAAGAGCAUUGAAGACAUAAAGAACGAAGCUGCUAAAGAGAAGAGUAAACCACUGAGAGGAGUUUCACCAAAGAGUAAUGUGACAACAUCUUCACCAGCAACUUCUUCCCCAAGUUCUCGACCCAAUAUUGACCCGCCCAGUAUUAACCCGCGAAUAACCGACCCUGACCGGACCCGCCCAAUAACCAAUAAUGCUCAACAGCAGCCGGGAAGCAAGGCGGCUGCAGCCACUUGGCGGUCAAACCAGAUGCUUGCUUCAGGUUUGACAACAGAAACCAGCACCGAUGAGUUCAAGUAUGGGUUCCCGUCAACUGGUUUAUCAGAGUGCACGUACAGAUGGUGGGGGAGAAGCUUUAAUGGUGGUAAUGGAGUUUCGAAGGAUGACACAAAAACCAAUGUUGAAGAUGAUGAUGAUGCUACGUGUGAGGAGAAAACUGACAGCAUGGAAGAGGAUAACCGGGAUGAAGUUUCGUUAUCAGGUAUCAGGAAACGAGCUAUGGAGGAAGGAAAGAAGGCGUUGAAGUUUAACGUUUUGAAGAAAUACGGGGUUGAUAAACUUGGAAACGAAGAGAAGAUAUUGCUUCGUCGAUUGUAUCAAACUAGUUAAAAUCAUUGGUUAUGUAAAGUUUGUUGCUGGUUUGCCUGCAAUGUACUGGAACUUGCUUAUGUUUGUCUAUGGAGGUUAUCCUGUAUACAAGAACUUGUUGGACUUUCAGAGAAAUGGUGAUAUGGUAUGUUAUGAUUCACUGAGA